AUGGCGACGCGCCUACACGAGCUGGAAGGCAAAUUAGGCGAGGAAAGCCUCCUCAUCAAGAGCGGCGUGCUGCGAGACGAGAACCCGCUGGAUACAAGUCAAGAGUUUCACGACUUUCUGCUGGCAUGUCGGCGGGGAGACUUGCGCAAGUGCCAGGAACUCAUUGGCAUGGGCGUCAACAUCAACGGCAAGGACAAGUUUGAUUACACGCCAUUGAUCAUUGCCAGUCUGUGUGGUCACUAUGAGUUGGUACAGCUGUUAUUAGAAUCCGGUGCCCUCGCCGAGAGAAACACCUUCCAGGGAGAGCGCUGCAUAUACAACGCCCUCAACGACAGAAUCCGCAACCUGCUCCUCCAGUACGACUUCUCCAAGAGCUCAGAUCCCUACGUCUACUGGUCAUCCCACAUCUCCAACCUCCUGGGCCGUCAGAGCCCCCAGACAGCGGACAUCUCCCUCGAGGCGGAGACCAGGUCCUUCAACCUGCACAAGUUCCUGCUGGCCUCGAGAACGCCCUACUUCCGCAGGAAGCUCCAGGCAAACCCCGAAACAGCAUCAUGGAAGCUAUCGUCUACCAUCCCCGUGGAAGCCUUCCAAAUCGCCGUCCGGUACAUCUACCUCGGUGAAGUACCGAGGGAUCUCGCCCCCCCGGGAAGCACCGCCACCGAGGAAGACGUCGCCAAGGGCCUCGACAAAAUCAGCAAGCUUCUCGAAAUCGAACAGCUCUGGGAAGCCAUCCUCGUAGGCAACGACCGUCGCCUGGCCCGCCAGCGGUACCAAGACGAAGUCGCGAGAGCCCUGGGCCAGGUCACCGACUUCUUCCAGCAGAGCGUCCUCGCGCACAAAAUGGUCGUCGACACAGACCGCGUCGACGAGGUCCGCUGGCGCCACGACAACUCCAUCUUCGCGGACAUCCUGCUCCGCGCCGACGAGCCUUCUGCCGAGGACACAGACGGUAUCCUCCUCGCCGCCGAUUCAACGUCCACCAGCGCCGCAGGCAUUCCCAUUGGGCCGUCCCGUCAAGCAGCAGCAGCAGCGGAAAGCAACGGCGUCAAGAAGGCGCGCAAGUCGGUGCUGUAUCCCGCGCACAAGGCCAUGCUCAUCCGAAGCGAGUACUUUGACAAGAUGUUCUCGGGCGACUUUGUCGAGUCCAAGAAGUCGGACCAUCUGCACGUCAUCACCGUCGACUGCUCGCCGCCCGUGCUGGAGCUCAUCCUGUCGUUUCUGUACACGGAGAACGCAUCGUGUCCGCUCGAACAUGCGCUGGAUCUGCUGUACGCCGCCGACAUGCUCUUCCUCGACAGUCUCAAGAACAAGGCCGCCAUUGCAAUAAGCACCCUCGGAAGCGGCACGGCAAACGCCCUCGUCGACCGCACCCACAACAACAACAACACCAAUGACAACAACAAAACCGACAACAACAACACCCCCAAAUCAGACCCCGAACCCAACGAAUUCGUCGAAGUCGAGCCCAUCAACAUCUACGACGUCAUCCACGCAGCAUGGGACCUCCGCGUCCAGCGCCUCGAAGAGUUCGCCGCCCGCUACCUCGCCCACCGCCUCGAGGACUACAUCGACGAGCCCGACUUCCACGAGCUCAUCCGCGAGAGCGCCGACCGCAUCCAGAAGCGCGAGGAGACGGACACCAUUGAGCUGCUCGACGACAUCCGGUAUUACUUGUCCGAGCGGUUCAGGCUGCGCUUCGAGGACGCGGGGCUGGAGGAGAUGAUGGAUGAGGAGGGGGAGAUGAGCGCGGAGAUGGUGGCGGCGCUGGUGAAUGGCUCUUCGGGGGAUGUUGCUGCUGUUGUUGGUGACAAGAGUGGGAAGCAGGGCGAUGGUGGUGAUGGUGAGGCUCAGGGGAAUAAGGGGGGGCAACAAGGGGGAGAAGAAGAAGAAGGGGUGAGGACGUUGGAUGGGGAGGCGGCGGAGGAUGAGUUUGCGUCGGAUGCAAUCAAUUACCAGAUUCUGUUGCAUAAGAUUGAUGCCAUGCUGGAGGGAUUGAAGUUGGAUGCAUGA